CCAAAGCUCCCUUUUGCAACUGCCACUCUCACUCACUCAGUAAUCACCACUCACUCGCUCACUCGCUAUUCUCAUCACGGCUCAAAUUGUUCUUACUCCAAGCAUCAUAGAGAAAACAGUUUGGUCUAUACGCCGGCAAAAUGAGCGCCCCAAACGAAAAGACCACCGCGAAGAAAGCCGGCAAGGAAAUCCCACACCCUAGACGGAUCCUCGCCGUGUCGUUGGCGCAGUCAGCUGGGGAGUUGAGUGCUGUUAUCAAAGAACUCACCGGCUCCCACCCCCUCCCAUCAGACUCAACCGAUGAUGAAAACACCCCCUCCCUCGCGGGAACAACCCACCUUUUACCCCUUUCCACACAAUAUUACACCGCCUCUGUCCCCAUCUGGCUUGAUCUUGUCUCUUCUCCGCAGGAAUGGUCAAGCUCGUUUUUGUCGGAGGAGGCAAAGGAGGUGUUGCUGGUUUUGGGGGGGGUUAUUAUUGUUGUCGAGCUCUCUCCUUCUUUGUCUUCCAGCAUAUCAACAUCAACGGUAACAGAGCAUCAAAGAUUGGUUAAAGAGGUUGGGAAGGUGGUCAGGGAAGGGUUGGGGGGGUGGGAGUGGGAUGGUGUCGGGCUUGUUAUUGGUGUUAGCCAGCAGGCCAUAAUGGGGGAUGACGACGUGUUGGAUGAGUGGGAGGAUGUUGCUGCCGAGGCGGGGUUGGAGUUUGUGGUUUAUGCCAAGGGCAGAGAGCAGGAGGAAGGGAAGAGGAAUAAGUUUGGGGAGAGGAUGGGGAUUGCGAGGGUGAGGGAGGCGUUGGAGGCUAAUGAUUGGUCUGGGGGAGGGGCACCAGGGGAGGAAGGGGAUGGUUUGGGUUUUGGGGAGGGGGAUGAGGAUGACGAUAAAGAGUUCGACCCCAAGGGGUUGGGGUAUGGCUAUGACAGGGAGGAUUUUGAGGGGUUGAAGAGGGCGAUUUGGGAGCAGAUUGGGGAGGAGAUUGACACCACGGGGGAGGGGAAAGGGAAGGAGGAGGAAGGGGAGGAAGAGAUUGGGGAUGAUGAUAUCAGGAGCCUGGAGCAGAUGAUGGUCAAGUUGCGGGCUGUGAGGGAUAUGAGUGCUGGUUUGCCGGAGCAGCAGAGGAAGAGGAUGGCUAAGCAGGCUGUGGAGGAGGUUAUGAGGGAGCUGUGAGCUGUGGUGGUGGAUAGAGCUGCCUUGGGUUGGGUAGUAGAGGGUUGAACCUCGACCCUACUUCAGGACUGAUAGCGACCCGGAAUCUAUACUGGACUUUGCUGAGGUCAUACCGGUACCGGGAUAAUGUCUUUUCCAAAGAAUAUCCACACCUAAAGAAACACAGUAUGAUACUGUAUACAUCACCACUUAUGAUAUAUAAAUCCCCAUACAUUGUAGGACCUCCCGUUACAGAUUGAUGGGGCAGACAACCCUGUGUAGAAGGCCAAGCCGAGACGGUGAACAAUGCCACUCUCCUUCUGCUCGCCAGAAAGGCAUUAUUGCAGCAUGUUCCCUUUUGUGGGGAAGAACGCUCUUCGGUUAUGUCAGAGAGUUCCAAAAAAUGGCAGGUCAAGGUAGCAAUCAAAUGGCAGUGUAGAUCGGUGCAUAUCCGCCUUUUUGGUUACCUAUGCUGUGGUUCUGUUACAGACUUAUUUUUAUCCUGCCGCUUGCAUGAUUCUGAUGUUGACGUGGCAGGUGUUGAAGGGGUUGUAGGGUUCGGGAAGAGGAUGGUGGCUUCAACCAGGUUGAAGUGACCCG